UCUGGAGGCACCGCUCAAGUGGCCCUAGACCCGCUCACAGUGCUCCCACUCACUGCCCGACCAAGAAAAGCUACUCUGCUGGAAAGAGACGCUUCUGUCUUUCUCACACACAGAUAAUCUUAAGAGAAAACUGGAAACACUAGACUGGAACAAUACCUUUGGACAAAAACUUUAAGGAUGCAGGACGGGAGCUGGAAUCAGUCCCCCCCCUCUCUGCUUAUGAAGGAUGGGCGUGGGGUUCUAGAGGGAGACGGGGGGGUGUUCUCGGAGGCUUCGUCUGAUGGGGAUCUGUACCUGGACUCUAUGGCGGAGCUGGAUGCCGGUGACGGGGACUUUCCAGACCUUACUGCCUUUCUCAGCCAAGACGAGAUCAACCGCAGCCUGGACCUGGCCCGGGAGGCCUUCAGUGACGCAGAAGACCGGGUGGACCCUGUCUCCCCUAUUCCCAGAACCCAGGAGCCAGCUCUCCACUACCUCCCCUCCCUUGCCCCCUUCAACACCACAGAAUACCUGACCAAAAGCCCCAGCUUCCCCCAUCAGACUAAAGUCUCCUCCCUGGAUGACAGCCGCUCAGUCAAGGUCACCUCCAGCCAGAGUGUCCACCUCAGCAGGCCCAUACAGGCCACCUUUGAAGCCACGGCCUCACCUGAGAAGUUUGUCUGCCACAAGAACAUCACCCCAGUCUAUAAACAGGACAAGCCCCGGCUGGUCCAUGAGGGCUUGGAGCUGAAUGAACGGGCUGCCUCAGCCACAGAGUUCUGCAGCCGUGCCGCCACCUUCAUCGAGGAGCUGUCCUCCAUCUUUAAAGGCUCCACCCGGCUGGAGCAACAGGGGGAGGAAGAAUCCUCCUCUCCCGACAGCGGGUACCUGUCUCCUAAGACCCACCGGCCGCCCCCCCAGGGCUCUGCCUCUGUCCCUCCACAGCCUCUCAUCCAACAGGGGGCGGCACAGCAGGGCCAGCCAGGCCUGGGUACCCAGCCAGCAAGCAUGAUGGGUGUAACGGGAGUGACAGGUGUCCCUCCACUGAGUGUGACGGGGGUGCCAGUUGUCUCUGGUCUGAUGAGUGUGAAUGAGUUGAUGGGGGAGCAGCAGCACAGUGGAGCCCAGUUGAUGGGGGAGCAGCACAGUGGAGCUCAGCGUGUAGAUGGAGACCUGUCACUGCCACACUUCACCCAGAAGCUGAAGAGUCAAGAGGUGGCAGAGGGACACCCUAUCAGACUGGAGUGCAGGGUAGCAGGAAACCCUCAGCCGCUGGCCAGGUGGUUCUGUGAGGGGCGGGAGCUGCACAACUGUCCUGACAUCCAGAUCUGGAGGGAUGGUGACCUGCACACACUGGUGAUCGCUGAGGCUUUCGAGGAAGACACGGGACGCUACACCUGCGUUGCCUCCAACAGUCUCGGCGCUGAUAACACCUCGGCAGAGGUCUACAUCGAAGGUGCUUCAUCCUCAGACUCAGAAGGAGAAGGAUCUUUGUCAAAGUCCAGAUCAGGAGCCAUGCCUCAGGCCCAGAAGAAGACAACUUCAAUCUCCCUGUCCAUUCAUUCACCUUCACCUAAGAGCCCAGAGGUCGUACCUCACCGCUUCACCCUGGUCCAGCCCCUAUCUGCACCCCAACACCGGAUGCAGAAUCCAGUUUCUUCAGUAUAUGGAGGUGAUGGUCCUCUCACAGCGCCCCCUAUCUUCACCAAGCUCUUACAGGAUGUCCAGGCGUCAGAGGGUCAGGUGGUGGUGUUGGAGUGCAGGGUUCGAGGCAGUCCUCCUCUGCAGGUCCAGUGGUUCAGACAGGGACAGGUCAUCCAGGACUCUCCAGACUUCCGCAUCCUACAGAAAAAGCCACGGUCUGCAGCAGAGCCAGAGGAGAUAUGUACGCUGGUGAUAGCUGAGGCCUUCCCAGACGAUGGAGGUCAGUUCUGCUGCACUGCAACCAACCUUUACGGCUCCAUCAGCAGCAGUGCCCAACUCUCUGUUACUGGAGGGGCCUUCAACACACUCACAGCGGUGUACAACUCGGCCAGGAACUGUGUGGCAUCCAGGGAUGACUCUGUCUUCGAGGAUGCCCAGGCCUUCCCCCCACCCCCGCCCACAGAGAUCAGCCUAUUGGAGGUACCGCCCAAGACCCCACCCAGUGCCAGUGCAGAGGGUUUCCAUGUCAACGAGCUGGAGAUCUGGCCCAGUGUGUCAGCCCUGCCGCCCUCCCUCAUGUACCCCAACAUGGAGGGCCAGGACCGGCGGGCUAGCCCCCCUCAGCCCUCCUUCGGCCUGCCUCCACCAGAGCCCCAGCCAGACUUCCCAGGCCCAGCCAAGAUGUCUCCACCCUCGGUGAAGGAAGGCCCUCCGCUGCCCACCAAGCCCAAACUAGCGGAGGGUAUAGAGGAGGAGACAGAAACUGACAGGAACGCAGAACAGUUGAAGCAGCUGCAGGAUCAGAUUCUAUUGGAACAGCAAGAAGCAGCCAAUUGGAUCCAGCAGCAGGAGCAAGAGCAGGAAGUCCCACUUCCGCUGCAGCAGCCCCAGGAAGUGUCCUCUCCGCCCUCUCCUCCUCUUCCCCCUCCUCCCUCCUUCCAGGAGCUGGAGAGCAGCGCCAUGCAGACCAGCACCUUCAACUAUGCCCGGCCCAAGCAGUUCAUCGCUGCCCAGAGCCCCGGGGGGACAGGCCCUAUGGGGGGCUAUGUCACCCAGUCCUCUGGCUCCUCUGGAUCGAGCCUGCCCUCACCCCUCUCCCCACCCCCCUCACACAAACCCUUCACCAGGGUCACCCUGCCUCCCUUCACUAAGGGCAGCAGCAUCGGGUCUCAGUCCCCGUCCUCUCCUUCCUUCCCUCCUCCACCCCCUCCCUUCCUCAGCAGCAGCAUGUCCUCUCCAUCAGGCCCCGGCCAAGACUUCCCCCCACCCCCUCCUCCACCCAUCUCCUCGACUCCCCCCUUCUCCCCCAGCCACUCCAACAGCUCUUCCCCCUUCACCUCCAUGCCCCAAUCACCUGCUGGCUUCCUGGCCUCCGUCCUGCCAGCCACGCCCACUAGCCCAUCCGUCAACGCCCUGGGCCUGCCUAAAGGGAACGGGACUAUCAGUGCUUUUCCCCGGAAGCAGUCUAGAGGAACCCCACGCCUGGCCUCAGACUCUGACAUCCAGGGAACCAAGGAUGCUGUCAUUCAGGACCUGGAGAGGAAGCUACGAUUUAAGGAGGAGCGCAUGAGCAAUGGACAACAGAGGUUAACCUAUGAGGAGAAGAUGGCUCGCAGGCUGCUGGGGGCAGACAACGCUGCCACAGUGCUAAACACACAGCAGCAGGACGAGGAGCCAGUCACACAGGACUCCAGUUCAUCUGAUAUAGAAUCAGUCCCUCAAAAGGAGUACAAGGUGUCCAGCUUCGAGCAGCGCCUGAUCAGUGAGAUCGAGUUCCGUCUGGAGCGCUCUCCAGUGGAGGAGUCUGAUGAUGAUGUGCAGCAUGGUGAAGAUACUACAGGCCAGGGGGUGGUGCCAUUCUUCCACAGCAAGCUCAAACACUACAAGGUGUUUGAGGGCAUGCCCGUCACUUUCUCCUGCAAGGUCAUCGGAGACCCCAAGCCAAAGAUCUACUGGUUUAAGGAUGGGAAGCAGAUCUCUAAGAGGAGUGAACACUACAGGAUCAGCCGCGACGCUGACGGAACCUGCAACCUGCACACUGCCGCCACCUCAUUGGACGAUGACGGAAACUACACCAUCAUGGCUGGUAACCCUGAGGGGAGGGUGAGCUGUACUGGCAGGAUGAUGGUCCAGGCAGUGAACCAGAGAGGGAGGAGCCAGCGCUCUACACCUGGACAUAUUCGCAGACCUAGGUCUCGGUCCAGAGACAGUGGUGAUGAGAACGAGAACAUCCAGGAGCGUCACUUCCGCCCCCACUUCCUGCAGGCACCCGGUGAUCUCAUCGUUCAAGAGGGCAAGCUCUGCCGGAUGGACUGCAAGGUCAGUGGCUUGCCCACACCAGACCUGAUCUGGCAGUUGAAUGGUCAGACCAUCCGUCCUGACUCCGCCCACAAGAUGCUAGUGCGGGAGAAUGGCGUCCACUCAUUGGUCAUCGAGCCUGUGUCCAGCCGCGAUGCAGGCAUCUACACCUGCAUCGCUAGCAACCGCGCCGGACAGAACUCCUUCAACAUGGAACUCAUUGUCGCAGCCAAAGAGAUUCACAAGGCUCCUUCGUUCAUCGAGAAGCUACAGAACACUGCCGUUGCCGAGGGUAACCCUGUACGUCUGGAGUGCCGUGUGUCGGCUGUUCCCUACCCACAAAUCUUCUGGAAGAAAGAGAACGAGUCUUUCACUCACAACACAGACAGGAUCAGCAUGCACCAGGACAACUGUGGCUACCUGUGUAUGAUCAUCCAGCCGGCCAUGAAGGAGGAUGCUGGCUGGUACACCGUGUCGGCCAAAAAUGACGCUGGCAUCGUGUCCAGCACUGCACGACUCGACGUCCACACUCAGUGGCAGCAGCCCAACACUCCCAAGCCUAAGAAGGUGCGUCCGUCUACGAGUCGCUACGCAGCACUGACAGAGAGAGGACUGGACGUGAAGGCAGCCUUCUUCCCUGACUCCAGCCCCCUGCAGCCAGGAGGCCUGGUGGAGAGUGAUGACCUGUAGAGACCAGCGGGGUUCACACACCCCACUCAACCCCCUAAUGCCUUAAAACUGACCCCAGUGCUACAAGCCCCAGCCCCCGUUCUCCCCAGACAUAUAGGGGUAAAUGUAACCCCUUCCAUCCGAGGUGUUUUACGACAAUACCACAGAUACUAUUAUGGAAGAUGGAUGACGAACAAUGUGACACCCUAUAAUAUCUCAGUGUCAAUGAAACAUGGAUCCCAACUUAGGAUCAGAUGGUUCCAUUUUAUCAACCACAUAAGCAGAGGAAUCUACCCUGGGUGGCCAUUGAAGUUUGUUUGCAACUCUGUGGUCCAUUAAAAAAAUAUUGUUCACAAAUUUCUGAUAAUGGGUGGUGGAACUGAAGAAGUCUUGAAUGUUGGUAAAUUAGUCCUGAAAGUAACACUGCCAUAACCACACAAGGGGAUCACCUCUUAAGUGCCGAAGAUAUCUCACAUGAACUCUUUGUAAAAAUGAUAUUUGAAGGUUUAAAGUUAAAGUUGAAAGUAGCGUUAUUAUGCAUGUUACAAUGGCACCAUUUGUAAUGCUCUAUCUAAAUUGAUGCCUUACUUAUGAAAUACUCCCCCAACAAAGGCACCAAAUUGUAGGGGCAGAGAUAGGCUGAAAUGGGACAGACUUUGGACGCAAUGGAAAGGUAUGGUAAGUCCAACGCAUCGGAGCAGCACGUCAUGUUUCCCUGUACUGUUGAGAGAUGAAGGAGACCGCAAAACACAAAUGUUUUUCUUUUAUAUGUUAUCACAGCAUUGUCUUGGUAAUAUAGCGCAACAUGGAUAUCAACAGUGUCUGGUUUUAGUUAUUAAUAGCACAAUACCAUAGAUGUCAGCAUUGUCAGGUUCAACAUAUAGCACAAUUACCAUAGAGUUCAAAUGACCUUGAAAGUUCAAACUGUUUAGUGACUUUAGAUUAGUUGUGAAAAAGAGAAUGUUGGCUGAAUGACUCGGACACCGUUGAGAGCUCUCACUGUUACCAUGGUAACUUCAGUGAUUGAUUGAUUGAUAGAGAGGGCCAUGACUGGCUAGGAGGUACUGGUGUGUGAAGGUUGACUGUAACAGGGACAGGAUGAGGGGUUAUCCUAGGCCAGGAGGCCCAGAUUAUCUGUCUCAGCCCAGUGACAACAGUCACUUAAACGCUUGUGAACUGUGUGAUCCGUGAGUGGAAGUUGUCAAGGACAGAGAAAAGCAAGUUUUUUGGAAUAGAAUUCACUGUAGAUGACAAAGAUGUUAAAGAAGAAAUGGACUAUGUUGAUGAUGAUUAACAUUUUGUUUAUGACUGAUUCUGGAGAUCAUUUAUUUUCUUUGGUUUAUUUCUGAAGUUUAAAAUCACCAACACAGACGCGAGACAGUCCUAAUAAUGGCUUCAGUGGACAGAGCACACACACCACUGAUUGGCUGCUUUAUUUUUGUAUGAGAACUUUCCCAAGAAACUUGAUAUAAAUUAUAUUAGUGAUUUUGUUUCUCAAAUGUUCAAUGACAAAACAUAAUCCUGUCUGUAUUAAAAUAUAAUACUUUUUGAAACAAUAUAUAUUGCCUUAAAAGAUCACUUGGGCCUAUUUCAAUCACAAUAUCUGUCCAUGUUUUUAUGAGGCACUUAUACCAAAUGACUAUUAUUUUUGACAAUUAUAGCGAAGCUGUUAAGGGAAAAGAUAUGCAUAGAAUUGUAUUGAAAUAAGUAAUUAUAUAUUUUCUCUCACUACUGCGUUACCAAAUACGCAUCUUUUGCUGUAUCUGUUCAGAGCAUGUUUCAUCCUGCGAUUACUGUGAUCACUCACACAAACCUAUAGGACACCUUUUUGAUUUCUAUGCCUGUAUAUGGAAUGUUCUCCUGAUAUUAUGUUAGUUUAUGAAAGAUAAUAAAAAAUCUAAGUCUCUA